AUGGCUCUGGACGACCCGCGGCUGGAAUGGAUGCGGGACCGGGUUUACAUGGCCUUCGGCAUCUCGGAGCCCGAGGCCUUCGAGGACCUGGUGAACCGGGAGGACGGCGCCCAGGAGCGGCUCAUCCUCAACUUCCUGAACGAGACGGACACCGAGGACAACCCGCUGGCGCUGCUCUUCUUCAAGACCACGCGGAUGGUGGAGGAGGAGGUGGAGAUGGAGAUAGAGCCUGAAUCGGAUAUGGUUUGGGAAGCAGAUAAUGAAAAUCCUCCAGCUCAGCCAGACACCAAAGGCCCAGAGCCAUCAUCUGAAGUGUUGAAUGUAGAUUUGGUGGAAGUACCUUCAGUGGACAAGAAGGAAAAAAUCAAGAAGAAGCCAAAAAAGGACAAAAAGGAGAAGGAGCAAAAGAAGGAGCUAUCCUUGGCGGCAAUCCAGCCGCUGGAGGUGGAGAACCAGAAGGUGGACACCCCAACACACAAUGAUUUGCCUCAGAGUCCAUUGACUGAUGAGAACCAGCCUGAGGUGGACAGUGAACAGACGAAACUCCCCACAAAAAUCGUCAUCCAAAUGGUCCAGAAAACAGUGUUGCACGUUGCCCUCGAUCUGAUUCCCGAGCACUUCCAGAACCUGGACUGUUUCUAUUUUCUUAGGAGUAAAAAAGAAACCAUUAGUGAGCCCAGUGACAUGAAGGAGACCAACGAUAUGAUGCCCAGGAUGGUGGAGGUCGGGAUGCUGAAUGGACACUCUCUGUUAAUGUUACACCAAGUCUUCACACAGGUCUACAUGCCACUCGUGUCAUAUCAACAGCACAGAAUGACUGACUUUAGGCAAAUAUCUGCCCGAUACAACAGCUAUGGGAAGAUGCUUCAGGAUAAAGAGGGGGGCAACACCAGUCUGGGUGGAGGGGAGCCCCACGUGGACUUACUGAACGUUCAGGACCCACAGAACAUUCAGUUCCUCAGGGACGAGUUCCUGACCACAGUGCAGAAGUUUGCCAACAAUAUCCAGAGAACCAUCCAGCAAAUAGAGGGGGACAUCAAUCUGGAGAUCCCACCAAUCGACCUGGAAGCAGAUAUUAGCCAGUAUGUCAAUGACUCAAUAAUGGUGGAGAAGCUGGAGCAGUGUAUAAUGAACUGGCAGGUGCAGAUCUCAUCUGCCAUUGAGGAACAGCUGAGAAAGCAGCCUCAGGGUAACAAUCCAUUGGCAGAGAUCGAUUUCUGGCGUGAACGCAAUGCUACCCUGAGCGCACUGAGUGAACAGCUGAAGCUCCCGGUAGUGAGGAAAAUCCUCAAUGUGGUGAAUGAAGUGGAUCAAGUGGCCAUACAGAACCUGGACCUGAUCGUGGCUGAACUCAACAAGUACCAUGUGGAGGCUGCCGACAAUGUGCGCUUCCUCUCCACCCUCGAGAGACAUUUUAAGAACCUCGCGACCGGCACUGGCUUCCACAUCCUAAUGGACACCAUCCCCUCCAUGAUGAACGCCCUGAGGAUGGUCUGGAUCAUCUCGCGCCACUACAACAAGGACGAGCGCAUGGUGCCGCUCAUGGAACGCAUAGCCUGGGAGAUCGCAGAGCGUGUCCGCAAAGUGGUUAGCGUGCGGACGUUAUUUAAUAAGACCUCAGACAGAGCGAAAAGAAGCACCUUGGAAGCAAAGCGGGUACUGGAACUGUGGAAGGAAUCAUACUUCGAUGUCCGAGCUAGGAUUGAAGCUUCAGGAAGGGAUCAGCGUUGGGAAUUCGAUCGGAAACGACUAUUUGAGAAGACGGAUUACAUGAUCACCAUCUGCCAAGACCUUCACAACAUCUUACAGAUUCGGGAAGAAUUCUACAACAUAUUUGGAUCAGAGCUGAAGGCGGUAACCGGAGACCCUAAGCGCAUUGAUGACGUGGUGCAAAGGGUUAACGACCUGGUGCUCCCCAUCGUGGGGCUAACCUUUGAUCAGUUUAACACUCGCUACUACCAGAUGUGGAAGAUUGUCAUGGAGAAUUUCAACUCUCAGGUUCAGGCAAUCGAAGGCGAAGCAAAGAACUUCAUUGACGAAUCGUUCAAGACUCUGCGGUCCGCCGAGGCAGCAUUUGACAUGCUGCUGAGGUUUAAGCACAUCCGCUCCCGGGAAGCUGUCAACAAGCAGAUGAUGAGAAAGUUCAAUGACAUCCUGACCCAGUAUUGCAAGGAGGUUGAUAUUGUGAACAAUCUUUUCACUAACCAUAUGGAAAACCCUCCCCUGUACAAGAACCAGCCUCCCAUCGCCGGUGCCAUCUUCUGGGAGCGCUCGCUGUUCAACCGCAUCAAACAGACCAUUGUUCACUUCCAGGAAAUGCCUGAGAUGUUAGCCAGCGAGCAGGGCAAAGCCGCUAAAGCAAAGUACCUGGAGUUGGCCAAGAGGAUGAAGAUGUUUGAAGAAAAGAAAUACGAAGCGUGGCUCGAGGAGACCCACCAGAUGCUGCCAGUUCUCUUGAAGCAGAAACUACUGUUGAAGAAUUUACCCAACCCCGCUGCUAUGGGAGGUCUCAUCUUCGAUCCUGACGAAUGGGAUGACCAGACGUCCCACUAUGAGGUGAACUUCUCCCCAGAGCUUCAGAAGAUUAUCACUGAGACCAAGUACAUGGAGCAGCUGAGGUUUUCCGUGCCUCAGCUGGCCAGAAACGUGGCUCUGCAGGAACACAAGUUUCUCCGCUAUGUCACCGGCCUAAAGAACCUGCUCAGUCGCUACCACAAGCUGCUCAACUCACUGAAUUCAGCAGAGACCCAGCUCCUGGAGCUGCACAUCCAGGAACUCCAGCGCAUUGUGCGGUCAGGGUUCAAAAGGCUGAACUGGAACUCGCUAGGUAUCAACGAUUACCUCAGUCGGUGCGAUCAAGCAGUCGGAAAGUUUGAAUCCCUCCUGAACCAAAUACACAAGAACGCCAAAGACAUCAACUCCAAGCUCAUGUCAAUGGAAACCGUGGAUCUGUUCAAAAUACCAGGAAGUUUUUCAACCAGAAAGAACCUGUCGGGAGUGAAGGAGUUCUACGAGUACGUGGAACAUGAGCGGAAGAAUGACAUCAUGAUUCUGGUCAAUAAGUACAAAGCCAUUGGACCCCUGCUGACCAAGGUGGAGGGCCUGGUCAUGCAGACCAACACCGGCAAAGCGUACAAGAUGAGCUACUAUUACUCCUAUUGGGAGCGCCGCAUUUAUGAGAGCCUCAUCAAAAUGAUCCUGAAGAAUCUGCAGCAGAUCAAUUUCAAUUUCCUUAGCUACACGCCUCUGUUCCAAGUUGAAACUAUCCUCUCCGCCCCCGAGAUUGUUCUAAAACCCAGUUCCAACGAGAUCUACAAACUCACUGUGCAAAAUAUUAAAGACUGUGUGGAAACGACCAAGCACUUCAUCCGCUGGAAGCAUGGAACGUGCAUUGAAUGUCCACCCAAGUUCAUUGAGGGAGAGGACGAGCCUUUCACCUUCAGCUUCUACAGCGAUGUAUCUCAGAACACUCAGAUUAUCGAGGUGGCAGUCAGCAUCACCCAGAACCUCCACAAGCUGCUGAGCUCCCUCAGCAAGUACCUGAACCGAUGGAAGAGGUACCGGUCUUUGUGGAAGCUGGACAAGGCCAUCGUGGUGGAGAAGUUUGCAGUCAAGAAGCCAUCUUGCGUCAGCUACGACGAGAAACUGCAGUUUUAUACCAGAAUAGGCGAGGAGGUGACCCAGCAAGCCCUGAUCAAAGACGAACAGUGCAUUCGGCUCCAACUCAAGCCUUUAGCUUUAAGCGUGCAGGAAAAUGCAAAGGCCUGGGUGCAUUCUCUGGGCUAUUUUCUCAACGAAUCCGCCAAGCAGGAGCUGAACAACCUUAGAAACGAGCUUGAGGAAUUGUCCGUCUCUCUAAAGAAACGUCCGGACUCGCUGGAGGAUCUGAAGUUCGUGCUGAGUACCAUCGCUAAAAUCCGAGACAUGUCUCUGAUGGUGGAACUACGCCUGCACGAUAUCCAGGAGAGAUACCGCACCCUCAAUAUGUACGGCAUUCAGACCAAGGAGGAAGAGAAAUUGCUGCAGAUGAAUAUCCGAGUCAUCUGGGAUGCGCUCUUCCUGGAGUCCCGUAAAAUUGACUAUCGCCUGGGCAGCGUGAAGAAGAAGUUCACUCGGAUCACCACAGUCCAGACCAAGGACUUUGCAGAUCAGCUGGCUGUCUUUGCGACAAAGUUUCACUCCGAGGGGCCUGGUGCUGUGGGAGAGGACCUUGACCAAGGUCUGGAGAUCUUGGUCAAGUUUGAAGCGGAGGUGUUGGUGUUUGAGAAGAAUCGGCAGGAGCUGGCAAACGCAGAGAAGCUCUUCGAUCUGAACAUUACCCUGUAUCCUGAUCUGCUGAACAUUCAGAAGCAGAUGAAGGGACUGAGACAGAUCUAUGACAUUUACAAGAUGCAGAAGAUCGCCAAAGAGGAAUGGUCACAGACCCUCUGGGUGGAUCUGAACGUUCAGCUGCUUCAGGAAGGAAUUGAAGGCCUUUUAAAGUCUUUCAGAAAGCUCCCCAGGGAUGUCCGUAGCCUGUCAGUUGGCUUCUAUUUGGAGUCUAAGAUGAAGGAGUUCAAGGAAUCCAUCCCGUUACUGGUGGACUUGAAAAACGAGGCCCUGAGAGCCAGGCACUGGAGAGAGUUGAUGGAAAGGACCAACACCGAUUUUGAAAUGCACCCGGAGACGUUCACGCUAGAGAACAUGUUCGCCAUGGAGCUGCACAAGCACAGCGACGUGAUCGGCGAAAUAGUCACCUCGGCUGUCAAAGAGCUGAGCAUUGAGAAGGGCGUGAAGGACGUGGUGGAGACCUGGGAGUCCAUGAAGUUCACCGUGCAGAGGUAUUACAAGGGGACACAGGAGCGAGGCCACAUCCUGGGGUCUGUGGACGACAUCCUGCAGAUCCUAGAUGACAAUGCCAUGAACCUGCAGAGCAUGUCCGGCAGCCGCUUUGUGGGCCCUUUCCUCGCCCAGGUGCAGGAGUGGGAAAGGAACCUGUCUCUAAUCAGCGAAGUGAUUGAGGUGUGGCUGGUGGUGCAGAGGAAAUGGAUGUACCUGGAGAGCAUCUUCAUAGGCGGGGACAUUCGCUCACAGCUGCCGGAGGAAGCCAAGAAAUUUGACAACAUUGACCGAUUGUUUAAAAAGAUCAUGACCGACACAGUGAAAGACCCCGGGAUAAACCGCUGCUGCCAGGCUGCCAACCGGCUCAACGACCUGAAGAACCUGUCCGACGGCCUGGAGAAAUGCCAGAAGAGCCUGAACGACUACCUGGACUCCAAACGCAACGCCUUCCCCAGGUUCUUCUUCAUCUCUGACGACGAGCUGCUGAGUAUUCUCGGCAGCAGCGACCCCGAGUGUGUUCAGGAGCACAUGAUUAAGAUGUACGAUAACAUUGCGUCCCUGCGAUUCCAAGAAGACAACAGCAACGAGCUCAUGGCCACCGCUAUGCUCUCUGCGGAGGCCGAGGUGAUGGAGUUCAGGCAGGCUGUGCUCCCCGAGGGCCGGGUGGAAGACUGGAUGACGUUGGUCCUACAGCAGAUGAAGAAAACCAACCGGCGCAUUACCAAAGAAGCAAUCUUUCAGUACGGGGAAAAGAAGACCAGAAAUGACUGGAUGUUGGACUAUCAGGGAAUGGUGAUACUUGCUGCCACUCAGGUCUGGUGGACCUGGGAGGUUGAGGAUGUUUUUCGUAAGGCUAAGAAGGGAGAGAAACAGGCCCUGAAGCUGUACGCCAAGAAGAUGCACAGACAGAUCGAUGACCUGGUGACCCGCAUCACAGAACCGCUGAGCAGAAACAACCGCAAAAAGUACAACACAGUGCUUAUCAUCGACGUGCACGCCAGGGACAUCGUGGACACCUUUGUCAGAGACAGUAUCAUGGAUGUACGAGAGUUUGAGUGGGAGAGCCAGCUACGCUUCUACUGGGACCGGGAGCCAGAUGAGCUGAACGUGCGACAGUGCACGGGAUCCUUCUCUUAUGGCUACGAGUACAUGGGCCUGAAUGGUCGUCUAGUCAUCACUCCCCUCACAGAUCGCAUUUACUUGACACUCACCCAGGCGCUGUCGAUGUACCUGGGCGGCGCGCCCGCAGGACCAGCAGGAACAGGCAAAACCGAGACCACUAAAGAUCUGGCUAAGGCCCUUGGGUUGCUGUGUGUAGUGACAAACUGUGGGGAAGGCAUGGAUUACAAAUCGAUGGGGAAGAUUCUGUCCGGCCUGGCACAGUGCGGGGCGUGGGGUUGCUUUGAUGAGUUUAACCGGAUUGAUGCUGCCGUGCUGUCUGUCGUCUCAGCUCAGAUCCAGACCAUCCGCAACGCGCUCAUGUAUCACUUACAGAGAUUCCAGUUUGAAGGCCAGGAGAUCACUCUGGAUAGCCGCAUUGGUAUCUUUAUCACCAUGAACCCUGGCUACGCCGGCCGCACGGAGCUCCCAGAAUCGGUCAAAGCCCUCUUCAGGCCCGUGGUGGUCAUCGUGCCUGACCUUCAGCAGAUCUGCGAGAUUAUGCUCUUCUCCGAGGGCUUUCUCUUGGCAAAGAUCCUGGCGAAGAAGAUGACGGUGCUUUACAAGCUGGCGAAGGAGCAGCUUUCCAAACAGCAUCACUACGACUUUGGGCUGCGAGCUCUCAAAUCGGUGCUGGUCAUGGCCGGAGAGCUGAAACGUGGGUCCCCAAACAUCCACGAGGACGUGGUGUUGAUGAGGGCAUUGAGAGACAUGAAUCUGCCCAAGUUUGUCUUUGAGGACGUCCCUCUCUUCUUGGGGCUGAUCUCUGACCUGUUUCCGGGGCUGGACUGCCCUCGUGUUCGCUACCCAGACUUCAACGAUGCGGUCGAACAGGUGUUUCUGGACAACCACUACAUAUUACUGCCCAUCCAGGUGGACAAGGUGGUGCAAAUGUACGAGACCAUGAUGACCCGACACACAACCAUGGUGGUGGGACCCACCGGCGGGGGGAAGACCGUGGUGAUUAACACCCUCUGUCAGUCACAAACCAGACUCGGCCUGACGACCAAGCUGUACACGCUGAACUCCAAAGCGGUGAGUGUGAUCGAGCUGUACGGCAUUUUGGAUCCCAUCACCCGCGACUGGACCGAUGGCAUCUUGUCCAACAUCUUCAGGGAAAUCAAUAAACCCACGGACAAGAAAGAGAGGAGGUACAUUCUAUUUGACGGUGAUGUGGAUGCUCUGUGGGUGGAGAACAUGAACUCUGUUAUGGAUGACAACAAGUUACUGACCCUGGCCAAUGGGGAACGCAUCCGGCUCCAGACACACUGCGCCUUGCUCUUUGAGGUGGGGGAUCUGCAGUACGCCUCGCCAGCCACGGUUUCUCGAUGUGGCAUGGUCUUUGUGGACCCCAAAAACCUGCGCUACCGACCCUUCUGGGAAAAGUGGGUCAAUCAGCGGCUAAACAAGACAGAGCAAGGAUUCCUACACAAGCUGUUUGACAAGUACAUACCUCACUGCCUCGAGAUGAUCCUAGAGGGGAUGGUGGAUGGCAAACAGGAAGAGAAGCUGAAAAUGAUUUUACCCCAAACGGAGCUGAACAUGGUCACCCAACUGGCGGUACUGUUGGAUUCUCUGCUGGAGAGAGAGAUGGAUAGCUUUGACGUGCUGGAGUGCUACUUUAUUGAGGCCAUGUACUGCUCCCUGGGAGGCACCCUCCUGGAGGAUGGUCGCAUUAAGUUUGAUCAGUACAUUAAGCGGCUUGCCUCCAUGUCCACCGUAGAUGCAGAAAAUAACCUGGCUGGUCCUGGAGAGAUCCCGGGUCAGUAUCCAACUAUCUUCGAUUUCCACUUUGAUGGGGAGAAGCUGAAGUGGGUGCCCUGGAAAAACCUUGUGACUAAAUAUGUCUAUGACCCACUAGUAAAGUUCGUAGACAUUCUGGUGCCGACCGUGGACACAACGCGGACUAACUGGCUCCUGGAGCAGAUGAUGAGAAUCAAACGGCCGGUGCUGUUGGUCGGGGAAUCUGGCACUUCCAAGACGGCCACCACACAGAACUGCCUGAAGAACCUCAACACUGACACCACACUGCUGCUGACGAUCAACUUCUCAUCGCGGACCACCUCCAUGAACAUACAGCGCAACCUGGAGGCCAACGUGGAGAAACGCACCAAGGACACGUACGGCCCCCCCAUGGGGAAGCGCCUCAUCGUCUUCAUUGAUGACAUGAACAUGCCGAGGGUUGAUGAAUACGGAACGCAGCAGCCGAUAGCUCUGCUGAAGCUGCUCCUGGAGAAAGGCGGGAUGUAUGAUCGCGCCAAGGAGCUGAACUACAAGAUCCUCAAAGACCUGGGCUUCGUGGCUGCGAUGGGGAAAGCUGGAGGAGGGCGGAAUGAAGUGGACCCUCGGUUUAUCUCCCUCUUUUGCGUCUUCAAUGUAACAUUCCCCGAGGAGGAGUCCCUGUUUCUGAUUUACUCCUCCAUCCUGAAAGGACACACCCUGAUCUUCAGCGAUGAAGUGCAAGGGAUCUGCGGUAAGAUGACUAACUGUACCCUGGAGCUCUACAAAAUCAUUGUGCAGGAAUUACCUCCCACCCCUUCCAAGUUCCACUAUAUCUUCAACCUGCGAGACCUCUCCAGGAUCUUCAACGGGCUGGUGCUCACCACCCCCGAGAGGUUUCACACAACCAGCCAGAUGGUGCGAGUAUGGAGGAACGAGGCCCUGAGAGUGUUCCACGACCGGCUCAUUGACGAAGUGGAUAAAACGCUGGUGCAAGGCCGCAUUGAGGAGAUCAUAAGGAAAUAUUUCCCGGCUGACCUGGAAGUGGCCAUGAGGGACCCCAUACUGUACGGAGAUUACAGGACCUUCCUGCACGAGGACGAGCCACGCAUCUAUGAAGAUAUUCAGGACUACGUGGCGGCCAAUGCACUGUUCCAGGAAAUCCUGGACGAGUAUAAUGAGAUCAAGGCUCACAUGAACCUGGUGCUGUUUGACGAUGCUCUGGAACACGUGACUCGCAUCCAUCGCAUCAUCCGGAUGGACCGGGGCCAUGCCCUGCUUGUGGGUGUGGGCGGGUCAGGCAAGCAAUCGCUCACCAAGCUGGCAGCAUUCACAGCCAACUGCGAUAUGUUUGAAAUUGUCCUGAGUCGUGGCUAUGGAGAGACUAACCUUCGAGAAGACUUGAAAGGUCUGUACCUCCGGCUGGGCAUUGAGAGCAAGCCCACCGUCUUCAUCUUCUCGGAUGCGCAUGUGGCAGAGGAGAGCUUCCUGGAGCUUCUAAACAACAUGCUGACCUCAGGCAUGGUGCCAGCACUGUUCCCAGACGAGGAGAAGGAGGCUAUUCUGGGGCAGAUCAGGGACGAAGCGACCAAAGCCGGUGUCAGCCCUGCCAAGGAGAGCAUCUGGCAGUAUUUCGUUAACAAGAGCGCUAGUAACCUGCACAUCAUCCUGGCUAUGUCACCUGUAGGAGACACCCUCCGCACACGCUGCCGAAACUUUCCAGGUCUGGUAAACAACACUGGCAUUGACUGGUUCUUACCCUGGCCCUCACAGGCCCUGUACGCUGUGGCCAAUGCCUUUGUAGGGAAGAACCACAUGAUCCCCUCACAUCUGACGGAGGAGGUGAUCGCCCACGUGGUCAUGGUGCACGAUUCCGUCAUCAGUUUCAGCCUCACCUUCCUGCAGAAACUCAGGCGCCAGAACUACGUGACUCCCAAAAACUUCCUGGACUUCAUCAAUACCUACACCCGAUUGCUGGAUGAAAAGGAUAAAUUCAUACUGGCUCAGUGUAAGCGUUUGGAGGGAGGACUGGACAAGCUGAAGGAGGCCAGUGUCCAGCUGGCGGAGUUAAACCUAAAGCUCGCUGAGCAGAAGAUCGUUCUGGCUGAGAAGACGGAGGCCUGCGAGAUGCUGCUGGCAGAGAUCGCAGCCAACACCGCUGUGGCCGAGGAGAAGAGGCAGCUCGCGGAGGAGAAAGCCGCUGAAAUCGAGGAACAGAACAAGGUGAUCGCGGUGGAGAAGAUGGAGGCAGAGAACGCGUUGGCCGAGGCCCUGCCGGCUUUGGAGGCCGCUCGCUUGGCCUUGCAGAGCCUGGAGAAGUCUGACGUGACUGAGAUCAGAUCGUUCGCGAAGCCCCCGAAGCAGGUCCAGAUCGUGUGCGAGUGCAUCCUGGUGAUGCGCGGCUACAAGGAGAUCAACUGGAAGUCGGCCAAAGGCAUGAUGUCAGACCCCAGCUUCCUGAGAACACUGCUAGAGAUGGACUGCGACGCCAUUGGGCAGCAGCAGGUCAAGACUGUCAAAGGCUUCCUCAAGAACCUGAACACCUCCCUUGAGGAGAUGCAGGCCAUCAGCAAGGCCGGCGCUGGCAUGUUCAAGUUUGUGGAAGCUGUGAUGGGCUACUGCGAAGUGGCGCGGGAGAUCAAACCCAAGCGCGAGAAGGUGGCCAGGCUGGAGCGUCACUAUUACCAGAGCAAGCGGGAACUGGAGAAGAUCCAGGCGGAGCUGGCUGCCAUCCAGAGAGAGCUGCAGGCCCUGAGCGACCGCUACGAGGCCGCCAUGAGGGGCAAGCAACAGCUGCAGGAGGAGGCAGAGAUCAUGGAGCGGCGGUUGAUCGCAGCGGACAAGCUGAUUCGAGGGCUGGGAUCAGAGAACAUCAGAUGGACCCAGGACCUGGAGGAGCUGAAGCAGCGGCGGGUGCAGCUGUUGGGUGACUGUUUGGUGUGUGCCGCCUUCCUCAGCUACGAGGGAGCCUUCAGCUGGGAGUUCCGCAAAGAGAUGAUUUACGAGAUCUGGCAGGAGGACGUGCGGCGCAGGGAGAUCCCCAUCAGCGAGUCCUUCCGCCUGGAAAACCUGUUGACAGACGAGGUGGAGAUCAGCAGGUGGGGCUCGGAAGGUCUGCCGCCCGAUGAACUGUCCGUCCAGAACGGCAUCCUCACCACUCAGGCCAGCCGCUUCCCCAUGUGCAUCGACCCACAGCAGCAGGCCUUAAAGUGGAUCAAGAAAAAGGAGGGAAAGUCCAAUUUGAAGAUCACUUCAUUUAACGAUCCUGAAUUCCUCAAAUUCCUGGAGAUGGCCAUAAAGUACGGAUUCCCUUUCCUCUUCCAAGAUGUGGAUGAAUACAUCGACCCCGUGAUCGACAAUGUCCUGGAAAAGAACAUCAAAGGCCAGCAAGGGCGAUAUUUUAUAAUCCUCGGGGACAAAGAGGUCGACUAUGAUCCUAAUUUCAGGAUGUAUCUCAACACCAAACUGUCAAACCCCAAAUACUCGCCAAGCGUGUUUGGGAAAGCCAUGGUGAUAAACUACACAGUGACGUUGACAGGUUUGGAAGACCAGCUACUCAGCGUUAUUGUGGCGUUUGAACGUAAAGAGCUCGAGGAACAGAGGGAACGCCUGAUCCAGGAGACCAGUGAGAACAAGAAACUGCUGAAAGACCUUGAGGACUCGCUCCUCCGUGAGCUGGCGACCUCCACUGGCAACAUGCUGGACAACGUGGAACUGGUGGAAACGCUAGAGGAGACCAAGUCUAAAGCUACCGAGGUGUUUGAGAAGCUAAAGCUGGCAGAGAAGACGGCUUUCGAUAUCGACAAGUUGCGAGAUGGUUAUCGACCGGCAGCUAAGAGGGGCGCCAUUUUGUUUUUUGUUUUAUCUGAAAUGGCGUUGGUUAACAGCAUGUACCAGUACUCCCUGGAGUCCUUCCUCGAGGUCUUUGGCAUUUCUCUCCGCAAAUCUAUGCCCAACUCCAUCCUUCCAAAGAGGCUGAAGAACAUUAUGAACACGUUAACCCAUAACAUGUAUAACUAUGGUUGCACAGGCCUGUUUGAGAGGCACAAGCUGCUGUUCUCAUUUAACAUGACUAUCAAGAUCGAGCAGGCAGAGGGCCGAGUGCCCCAGGAAGAGCUGGGCUUUUUUCUGAAGGGCAACCUCUCCCUGGAGAAGAGCAAGAAGAAGAAGCCGUGCACAUGGCUCCCAGACCAGGGGUGGGAGGACAUCAUCCAGCUCUCAAGUAUCUUCCCUGAGAUCUUUGGAUCGCUCGCAGAUGAACUGGAGAAUCACGAAGACACGUGGAAAUCUUGGUACGACCUCGAUUCCCCCGAGCAGGUCAAGUUCCCGCUCAAGUACAGGAAAAUUCUAAACAGUUUUCAGAAGCUACUGCUCCUGCGCUGUUUCCGUGUGGACCGUGUGUUUCGGGCAGUCAUGGACUACGUGACCGUCACAAUGGGAGAGAAGUUUGUUCAGCCUCCAGUCAUCAGCUUCGAAGCCAUCUUUGAGCAGAGCACCGCCAAUUCCCCCAUCGUCUUCAUCCUGAGCCCCGGCUCAGACCCGGCCUCCGACCUGACCAAGCUGGCGGAGAGGUCAGGCUUUGGGGCAAACAGGCUCAAGUUCCUCGCCAUGGGCCAGGGACAGGAGAAGGUGGCGCUGCAGUUACUGGAGAUCGCGGUGUCGCGAGGGCAGUGGUUGAUGCUGCAGAACUGUCACCUGCUGGUCAAGUGGCUGAAGGAGCUGGAGAAAGCGCUGGACCGAAUCGUAAAGGCUCACCCGGACUUCCGUCUCUGGCUCACCACAGACCCCAUCCGAGACUUCCCCAUCGGCAUCCUCCAGAAUUCACUCAAGGUUGUGACUGAGCCCCCCAAUGGGUUGAAGCUGAACAUGCGAGCGACUUACUUUAAGAUCAGCCAGGAAGCCUUGCAUGAGUGCCCGCAUCCCGCCUAUAAGACUCUGGUGUACGUGCUGGCGUUCUUCCACGCUGUGGUGCAGGAGCGAAGGAAAUACGGCAAGAUCGGCUGGAACGUGCCGUACGAUUUCAACGAGUCAGAUUUCCUGGUCUGCAUGGAGAUUCUCAACACUUACCUGACCAAGGCAGAAGAGCAGGGAGACACCAAAAUCCCUUGGGGCAGCCUGAAGUAUCUAAUCGGAGAGGUGAUGUACGGUGGGCGUGCCAUUGACAGCUUUGACAGGCGUAUUUUGACCAACUACAUGGACGAAUAUUUGGGGGACUUCAUCUUCGACACCUUUCAGCCUUUCCAUUUCUUCUGCAACGACGAGGUUGACUACAGGAUCCCAGACGAUGGGCCCAAAGAUGAUUAUACUGCUGAAAUUGAAAGUCUGCCACUUGCCAACACCCCGGAGGUGUUUGGCCUCCAUCCCAACGCUGAGAUCGGCUACUAUACUCAGGCAGCUCGAAGCAUGUGGAAACAUCUGAUCGACUUGCAGCCACAGACAGGGGAGUCCAGUGGCGGCAUGGGGCGGGAUGAGUACAUCGGGCAGGUGGCCAAGGACAUCGAAAACAAACUGCCAGUGGUCUUUGACCUGGACCAGAUCCACAAGAAGUUUGGGAUCGACAUCAUGCCCACCACAGUGGUCUUACUGCAGGAGCUGCAGCGCUUCAAUAAACUGAUUGUCAGCAUGGUUCGCUCGCUGGCGGAACUGCAGAGGGCGCUGGCCGGAGAGGUUGGCAUGAGCAGCCAACUGGACGAAGUGGCUCGAUCUCUCUACAUCGGUAAACUUCCCAGCAUCUGGAGAAAGCUGGCCCCAGACACACUCAAGUCUCUCGGCAACUGGAUGAUCCACUUCAAGCGGAGGUUUGACCAGUACAUCUCAUGGGUUGAGGAGGCGGAGCCCAAUGUGAUCUGGUUGUCAGGGCUUCAUAUCCCCGAAUCCUACCUCACGGCGCUGGUUCAGGCUACCUGCCGCAAGAACAGCUGGCCCCUGGACCGCUCCACCCUCUACACCCAGGUCACUAAAUACAACACAGCCGAGGAGGUCUUAGAGAGGCCAGGACAAGGCUGCUUUGUUUGUGGCUUGUACCUGGAGGGAGCGAACUGGGACAUCGAGGAGGGCUGUCUGGUCAGGAGUAAACCCAAGGAGCUGGUGGUGGAGCUCCCUGUCCUCAAGGUCAUCCCCAUCGAAGCCCAUCGCCUCAAACUGCAGAAUACAUUCAGGACGCCUGUGUACACAACCUCCAUGCGACGCAACGCAAUGGGAGUGGGGCUGGUGUUCGAAGCGGAUCUCUUCACCACGAGACACAAUUCCCACUGGGUCCUACAAGGCGUCUGCCUGGCUCUCAACUCUGACUGAAGCACAUCAGAGCAUCGCAUUCUGUUAAACACUUAUGUUUUUUACCGGUUACCGUCUCAUACAGAGCACGAUAUCGCAACUGUAAAUGUUUGGAAGUUUUCAAAUGUUACUUUUAAUUUAAUUUAAAGUGAAUUGGAUUAAAAAUAUUAAAAAUAAUAUUAAAAAUAAUUAAAAAUAAUAAUUCACACACAGAACUCGGGAGUGUCCCUGGAGUCAGAACCCAGGUGCUUGAGGGCCAGAGUUCCUAUUAGUCAUACACACAUUUACUGGACGUAUUCACUUUAUACCUUCGUGCAAUCUGAAUUUUACUGUUUGUGGUUUUUAUACAGAAAAAAACAUUUCCCUUUUAAUAAAAAUAACAGUUAA